UUCAGCGAAUUUGUGCCAUCCAUUGACAGACGGUUUGUUGAGUUUAAGGGUUUUGUAGUGCCUUCGAUUAAAUGUAUUUUGUUGUCAUUUAUAAAACUUUCUUUGGAUUCUUGGACAGGAUUUGAUUGCUCGCAAUAUCGAUAUAUGAAGAAUGUGCCAGAAAAGAUAAAAUUCUUGGAUAUUGGUACUUGCUUUAAUCCGUUUGCUAAAGUACUAUAUUUUGAAGUGACAGUUGCUGACUUGUGUCCAUCUACUGAUGAUGUUCUACAAACUGAUUUCCUAAAUGUUCAAAUCAAGUCAAUGGAAAAUCCCACAGUUGGGCUGGAAAAUAAUACAGUGACCUAUUUACCGACUAUAUAUUACGAAUGUGUUGUGUUCAGUUUAUUGCUCGAAUAUAUGCCAAGUUCGGAGCAGCGCAUCAAUUGCUGCAGCAAGGCUUAUGAACUCUUAAGACCACAGGGCAUCUUAAUUAUAAUAACGCCUGAUAGUGACCACGUCGGGAGAAACGCCGUUCUAAUGAAGAACUGGCGUCACACCUUCAAUUGUUUGGGUUUUAUGCGUAUACGUUUUGAAAAAUUACCACAUAUUACAUGCUUGGUUUUCCGGAAAUCAGUUGAUCCCCGCAUAUCUGCAAGAUGGUGCAUUUUACAUAAGGAAUCUUAUAUGACUUUCAGUUUAAAAAUACCACAGGAUAAUAAAUCUAACACACUUGCUGUUCCAUCCCGAAAAAAACGGAAAAGUGCAUACUCUCCAGAAGUGAUACUCUCCAGAAAAAUGGAAGAGUAUCCUCGCGUGGAUUUGUAAAUUGAUGAAGGCGUUAUGGAUAUACCUCAAUUAUUUAUUUCAAUUUAA